GACUAUGCCGCGCAGGCUAUCCACGUCAUAACAGCAAUGCUAAGGGGGCGCAAACCGUUCUCCCGAUUGGCUACUAGUACUGGUAUCGACGACGAAAUCGAGCGGUUUUCGACGACGAAAUCGAGCGGUUUGCGCAACGAUGCUUGUCAACUGAGCCACAGGACCGUCCGCCGAUUUGUGAAGUUGUGGAGUUCUUGUGGUCACAGACAAACAUCGCGGAGACUAUGAAGACGAUGCUAUUGCGACUUCCAGUCCCAGUGACACAAAUAUCGCAAGCAGUUCUCACGAAAUGUGACUAUGAUCCUGAUGGUUUGGACGUCCUUGGUGCAGCUUUGAGAUGCAAGUGGGUUGUGCGUGGGUCGAAUGAGACCGAGGUCGCGGUCAAGACUUUGAGAGAUGAUGUUCACAGUCAAAAUGAUAUCAACAAGAUAUUUAAUAGGAUUCGUCGUGAGAUGUAUGUCAGGGAAAAGUUGAGGCAUGAGACCAUCCUUGCCCUCUAUGGAAUGACUGAGGGUUUUGGAAUUCUCCCAUCCUUUGUAUACCCAUGGAUGGCAGGCGGUUCGCUGCACGACUACGUGAAACGAGAGCACCCCAAUCUACCUGCGCGUCGGAAGCUGGAUAUCCCACUGGAGGUGGCGCAUGGUCUCGAAUAUUUACACAAGCGGGACGUUGCGCAUGGCAAUUUAACGGGUGUAUGCUUCGAUUACUUACGUUACGCAAAAAUUCUUACUGCAUCCCUAGGACAACAUUUUCCUUGACGGUUCAGGCCGUGUGAGCAUCGCAGACUUCAGUCGCUCUGUAAUACUGGCUGAAGCAGAUAGUCGGAUGUUCAGGGAGCAGCUCCCGGGAGAUGCAAGGUACAUUGCACCUGAGUCUAUCUUUACUGGUGGCCAGACAGGAGCACCAAAACCGACCAAAGAAGGAGAUGUGUACUCAUAUGGCUGCGUCGCAAUUCUGGUGUGUUAUACGGCUCAUCUACUUUCGCAUUUUACACCGCUAUUCCCCUAGGUAUUGUCGGGAAAGGUGCCGUACUGGUGGAUUUCGGAAGAGAGU